AUGAAAACAAAUCAAUGGAUUUUCUCAAUGAUUGCUUGUUUGUUUCUGGCAUUGGCUCUGAGGACUAGGAUGGCAGAAACAGAUGUUGGCUUUUUUCAAUCAUUUCCGAUCUCAUGUGUUAUAGAUUACAUGAAACAUGACAAUAACAUCAAUUCAAACUAUGAAUGCGAAGUUAUUAAAGUAUACAACGAAACUAUUAUCCCCAAAUACAAUAAUACAGCCCUUUUCUACGGUGCAGGAAUGCUUGGUCUAAAAGUACAUGAUAAAUUUAAUCCAGGAUGUGUAUAUCAUACAGAUUUAGUUCAUUUUCAUACAAAGAUUGUAUGCUUUCAUCAAUUUUACGUCUCUGGGGCAUGCUCUUUGAAUAAUUUAACGCAUAGAGUUAAACUCGUUGCUCGAAGCGGCAUUGAUUUAUAUUGGAACUUCCCAGGACCAGUUUUAGGAAAUUACAAUCAUGUAGUUGCGUUUGGCCACUAUAAUUUACAAUGCUAUGGGCACUUUUUCCUGGAUGUUAUUCUUCCUUGUAUUCUAUUACCGCAAGAUAUUAUAAAGAAGUCUUACAUUAUCUAUCGAGACAAUGCAACUUACGCGCUUCAGUUUUUAGAGGCGAUGGGAUUUGGAGAUCGAGUUAUCACCCUGGGUAUUAAAGAAUGGGUUUAUGCAGACCAUGUUUACACAAUGAUUGAACCAAGAACUUCAGGAAAUAUAGCUUCAUCUCCUUUGUAUAAUUUGUCCAUAUAUUUGAGGCAUAAAUUUAAUGCAGAAGAUAUAGUUCCGACUGAUAUCUGUUAUAUGCUGAGAAAAACGAGAAUAAUUCACAAUCUUAAAGACGCUAUCGAAGAAGCGUCUAAACAACUUAAUAUCGAGAUAAAACUUAUCCCUGAUUAUAUUGAAACAGCUCAUGAAACUGUAAAAAUAUGGGCAAAAAUUAAAAUUGUUGUAGGAACAACGGGAAGUAACCUAAUGAAAUGCAUAUUCAUGAAAGAAAAAACGUGCGUAAUUCAUUUAAUGGCAAAUAUAUUCAAUGAUUGUAUUGUUUUAUCAACAGCUUCUUGUUAUGUUUAUCAAGUUUGUAUCCACGUAAAUAUGGGAUUCUGGGAAGGCGGAGGAAAUGUUGAUGUGAACUUACUGAUAAAGGCCCUUAAAAUUGCAAUAUCACUUGAAGAAAGCGGAAAAUGGCCACAGAUUGAAGGCGAGGAGUAUAAGUUUUUAGCUUGA